AUGGUAUACAGUUCGUUAACUGAAGCCCCUCGUAACCUCAAGGAGGGCAUUGACUGGUUGAUGGCGCUGAAGGGGACUGACGAUGAAAACGGCUUGAAGGCUAUGAGUGCAGCCCUUUACGAUUUCCUCGCACAACAGCCUGUUGGAAAGAUGGAGCUGCCAGCUCUCGAGGAAGUCAAACUUAUUUCUAAGGAGUUCCUGGAGCAAAAGGAGCUUAAGUACCAGCCAUUCGUUGAAGACCUGCUGGGGAGAUUCAAUAAGCCUAUGAAUAAAAACCUCAGUGGUUGCGCAAAGUACCUUGACAAUUCCGACGAGAGCGAUCAUGAGAACGUCGUAAAGUCCAGGGGUGUAAAACCUAAAGACAUCGCAAAGAACAUAGUUAAAGUUGUGGAUGGUUGCGCGCAGUUCCUAGAAAAGAUCAAAAACCCUGGCCAGUACGAGUCUGCUUACAGUUCGGAGGCGACGUGGGAUACAUCAUGCUCGAAGGACCCAGAAGCUUGCGUAGUGAUUUUGGUGGGCAUUGCGCCAAUGUUGUACGCAGGCCUACGUUCUUUGCGGAUUGCGAGCAAUACUACCCCCUUGUCACGUCUAGGGUGUCAUAAUAAGAAGAUUAAAUUGGUAAGUGUAUUGAAAGCCUUGGGCUACGAGGAGGCGGAACGCCGCGCUAAAAUGAGUGGUUCAGAUGUCUUCAAGGCGUUGAAAUCUGUGAGUCAUGAAAUGUUGGUCACACUAUAUGACAUCGCUGGAUUCUGGGCAUUCUAUUGA